AUGGAUAUGGAUGGGAUGACCAUGCCAAUGGCCACUUCGACAAGCUCAGCAGCUAUGGCCAGCAGCACCGGAAUGGAAAUGGAUGGAAUGAGCAUGGGAGGUAGCUGCAAGAUCUCGAUGCUCUGGAACUGGUACACAGUUGACGCAUGCUUCCUCGCCAAAUCAUGGCACGUAACCUCUCGAGGCAUGUUCGCCGGCUCAUGCAUUGGAGUAAUCUGCCUCGUCUUGAGUCUCGAACUCCUCCGCCGUCUGGGCCGAGAAUACGACUCGUUCAUUGUACGUCGAGCCCGUCUACGAAGACUCUACAUGCCAGGCUCUUCCACCGCGCAAUCCGUCUCCAACGUUCCCCUGCGAAGCGAAGAAGACACCACCAAGCCGCCUAGCAACUGUUGUGGCAAUACAGAGACCGAUGCUACGUUUUUCAAUGCAGACGACGACCUUAUCACUCCUGUGUCUGGUACUCCCCAGAACGGCUCGAAGAAGCAGGCUUCUGCUGCGUCGGCUAAUGCCAUGCGGGAUGUCGGUACUCAGCGCAUCGAGAGACAGGAUGUUAUGCUUGCCCCAUACCGUCCGUCGCUUGUUGAACAUACUUUGCGCUCUUUGCUGCAUAUGGCGCAGUUUGCUGUUGCGUACAUCAUCAUGUUGCUUGCUAUGUACUUCAAUGGGUAUAUCAUCAUCUGUAUCUUCAUUGGUGCUUUCCUAGGCGCGUUUAUUUUCUCCUGGGAGCCGGUGAACUUGAAUAAGGAGUCAGAUGCUACGUCUGUCACCAAGUGCUGCGGUUAA